GGCCUCUCUCCUCCCUCCCAGCUAGGGAAGGUUCCCUGCAGGCGCAGCUGAAGGCAGGUCGCCGGGUCGCGGCUGCCCAAGCCUUUAUUCCUCUCAGUCCGUCCACCCUUCAUGGGCCAGAGCCUUCUGCCAGUUCAGAAGCCAGACAGUGAUGACGUUUGCCGAAGACAAAACUUAUCAUUAUAUCCGCCACCAUCACAGCAAUUUUUGCAAUAUUCAUGUUCUGGAUAUUCUGCCUUACCUGUCCUGCCUCACAACAAGCGACCAGGACCGGAUUCGGGCCUGCUAUGAGCGCUGGGGGAACCAGGGUACCCUCUGGGAACUCUUCAACAGUCUUCGGCGGAGGAACGGCUGGGUGCAGUCCUUCAUCGAGGCACUGAGGGCCUGUGAGCACACUGGUCUCGCUGAUGAAGUGUCCCGUGUCUACCAGAGCAACCUGCCACGGAAUCCAAACCACCCUCCAGUCCCACUGGAGCCACCAUCAGUUCCUGCUGAGAUUCCAAGGCCCUCCACACCUGAUGUGGCCCCCAGCAUCCCUGGCAACGGCUGUGCGGAGUACGAGCCAAGUUACCCUCUGCCUGUCCAGGAUAGCCAGCCACCAGAGCCCCUGGGAGAGAAUUCAGAGAAAGCCCCACAACCUUCCCAUUCUGGGGCUGUCCUGGAGCCCUUGUCUGACACGGUGGCCCUCAGCACUCUGACCUCCAGUGUACAUCAGGAGCGGGACACAGGACUGGGCAGUACCCACACAGCAGGCGUGGUCUCCAGUUCCACGUCACUCCAUGGGCCUGUGUCUCCAACUGUCUCCCGUCCUACCCCCAGGGCAAGCCGCUUGCCUGGACCCUCAGUGUCAGCUCCAUCUGUCAGCACCUCCUCCUCCUCCAUUGGCUUGACCUCUGCAGGAGGUGCUGGUGACCAGGCUGAAGGUACCAUCUGCUCCAGUGGGGCAGGGGUGCCCAACAACCCUAUGACUGCCAGCACAGUACCCUCCAAGGUGCCCACCAACUCAGCAUUUGGCAGCUCAGUGCCUUCCAAAUUGCCCACCAGCUUGAAGUCCCCUGGUGCAGUGCCUACCAGUCUAGCACCAUCCAGAUUGCCCAUCAACUCAGUGCGUUCUGGCAUGGUGCCACCCAAAGUGCCUACUAGUGGGAUACCUGACCACAGGAUACCUGCAAGCACAGUGCCCAGUAAGGUGCCUACCAACACAAGGCUCAGCACCAGGAGCAGCAAUAGACUCGUGAAGGAGACUCCAGCAUCACCAGUGCCCACAGGCGCUGCCACUGGAGGCACAUCACUUUGUCCAGACAGCAGCUCUGACUGCUGGGGCUCAGAGCUGGAGCUGAGCAAGCCUAGCAGGCUGGUAUCUAGGAUGGACAGCCAGCCGUUCUCAGGCUGCUCCGCGGACCUCGCCAUCAGCCACAGUAACUCCCUGGGAACGGGGCCUGACAAUGCCCCGGAGGAGAACGAGUAUGUGUCGGAAGACCCCAUUAGGAUCCAUGAGAACCCCAGCACCUCCAUCCUGGGGGACAGCCCCGGGACACACAGUACCCUGGAAUUCCAGGCAGAGGAUAAGUUGGAGGAAAUGCCUGUGGUCAGGACCAUGCCCUGGGCUCCGUGGCUCGGGAUGGCCAUGGCUGGGGCACUUUUAGCGCUCCUGGCUUCACUGUACCGGCGGCGCCUACCCCAGUGAAGCUCCUGGGUCUUUCUUGCCGUUCAUCUUUCUCUUUCCCAUGGCACAUCUGCCCAAGUCACAGAGAUGAGCUGUCUCGCCAUCCUUGACCCUUUUUCGGGGCUGGCAGAAGCUGGGUCAGAAGGGAGGCAGGGGGCCACAGGCCUAGUCCUGGGGGGCAAUAUUUCUGUCCCAUCUCAUGCCCUUGGUGGCUGCCCCACCAUCCUUGGCUUACUGGGCCCUGGGCUGCUCCUGGUGCUCCAGUCCUCACCCAGCUGGCCGUCUGGUUGUUGCCCUUAACCCGUGUGCCCUUAAUCCCAUCUAGGCCUUAUCCCUCUUUACCCAAAUGCAAGAAUCAGGAGGUGCCACUGGGGACCACAGUGGGUCGGAAACCUUCCCCAUCCUGCCUGGUCCCUGCAACCAAUAGAUGGGGUAGGGGACAUUGCUCUAGCCCCCAGUGGCCCAGUAGCCCCCUGCAGAGCAACAGGGAGGCCCAUCUUUAAGGACUUGGUCCCCUGUCUGUCUGAUUCCCCUCCCUACCACACAAGGAUGGGAGGAGAUCCAGAGAUUCCCAUGGACCCCUGGGAAGCCUGAUCAGGUGCUAGACCUGAGGAGCACCUAAAGAGCCCCUCUCCAGCCUCCUCAUCCUAAUCUCUGUUCUCUUCAGCUCCCUAUGGGGGUUGGAGAGGGAGAACCUGCAGGAUUUCAGCUCUACCUCUUUGUGGGCUGUGUGGCCUUGACAGAUAAUCAGACUUCUCUGAUCUUGCUUACCCAUGUGGACAAUGAGAAUUGCAUCUCAUCCUUCACUGAAUUCUCCUGAGAUUGGAGCAUACAGAUCUUUGUCAAGUGCCUGGUCCAAAGCAGGUGGCCUUAAAUGCUCCUCUCACCUUUCCCUGCCUAGCCAGGUAGAGAUGAGGGCAUGAGAGGCAGAGUGCCCAGUGGGUAAGUAUGCACUGUUGCAGUGUAGGGUAAGUUAGGCCCGUGUCCUGUUCUGUCUCUUACUAACUCUGUGCUCUUGGGCAAGGUGUUAAUCUCUCUAUGCCUCAGUUUUCUCACCUGUGUAAUUGGGAUGAAUAGUAAAAUUAUAUAGAUAUACAUGUCCUAGUAUUGUGAGGAUUAAAUGAGUUUAUCUAUAUAAACCGUAGAAUGGUUCCUGGCAUUUUACUUACUGAGGUUUGCAUGCAUGUUGGUUUUGUCAGUAUUCAAAUGUGGAGGGGCUGGAGCACUUGGCCACACAUUUAGGAGCUGACCCAGCCCCUAGUGCCUAUGCCCCUUUCAUAUUUGCCCCUUACUUUGUUCCAUGCAUUGGGGAUUGUUGGGGAGUGAGGAGGGAGACAUGUCUGCUGGGGCAUCUGUGCAGGGUGGGGGCCAGGGUGCCCCCCUCAGCAGCCAGGUGGAUUAAAGGAUAUCCUUGUGAGUGCUUUCCAGGCAGCCAUUGCUGGACAAGGGCCAGGCACAGGAGCCUCAGGAGUUACCUUCAUUUCUGGGCCCUGCAAGGGACAGGGACUAGAGCUCUAGGGAGACAAAGUUGGCAGGUGUUAGGAGGUCACUGUGGCCCACCCCCAGGCUGUCGGUCUGCAGAGUCCUGCACCCUGCUUUGGCUACUACAGUCUUUCUUUGCACUGCCCUCAACUUCAGCAACCUAAUGGCUUCUACCUCUACCUCUGAACUUACCUUCAGCCCUCUCUCCAGACCGAACCACCUGUACCUUGAAGCCAGGAAUAGUCCCUAGUGAGGCUGUCUGCAACCACUCUGUGUCACCUUUACUCUUAUCCAGGCUUCUGGGCUCCUUCUUCCUAGGUACUUAGGUCAGUGAACAAUUCAUGAACAGGUAUUGGUUUUAAUGUGUUACCCUCCCAAGAUAGCUUUGGAAAAAAGUAUCUCCAGAAAGCAGUUUGUAAACCCAAAGUAAAUUGUAGGAUUUCGAACAGAGUGACCACCUGUUUUGGAGAGAUCCGUGGAUAAGUUGUGUAGGAAACUUUCAGGGACUGCCCUGGCACUUUUCAAAUGAUGCUGCCCAGAAGCCCUGACUUAGCCUGCAUUGUGCAGCAUUCCUAUUUUGGCUGCUGUCACUAAAGUGCCAACUUCAGGCAGGAUUGGGAUUGGCUGUUGGCAAGGAGAGGGCUUGGGGUAGUUGAUGAGAUGCAUCAGAUCUCGAGUCCUGGGUUUGGAGUGUGGUUUCAGCUGCAGGAGGUUGCAUGUAGGAGGGAAACCCAGGCAGGUCACCAUGGCCUGGAUGAUGUGAAGGGAGUGAGAAAGGACCUCUACCCCCAGACAGGGGUCUAGUCACCUAUAGUUGGAGAUGGGAAAGUACCCUUCACCUUAGGGUAAAAGCAGGGGUGAGGUCAGAGGGCCCUUACCUAAGGACUUAGGGCAGACUUAGCAGUAGGUAUCUGCAUAUAAAUCUCUCUCCAUCUUUCUCUCUCCUGUUGAAGCAUUUCCUUCAAAGCCCAAGAGUCACCACUGCUUCUCUUUCCCUGGGAAACACCUGCCAACUUUGCUUGAUGACCCACUGAAGGCAGACUAAUACCACAUUCUCACCUUGUUUCCUUGGUUGGACAUGCUCAGAUUUAGUUGAUUCAGGGGAAUUUCUAGUCAGAGAGCAGUAUGCCCUUUACUUUUUCAGGCCUUGGGUUAUUCAUAGUUUCUUUUAUGAAAUUUUUUUACUAUGGAAAACUUUUAAGGACACAGAAGUAUAGAAAAUAGAAUAAUUACUUCUCCCCUCCA